UAUCAAUAGGAAAGUAUCCAAUUUCGUCAAUUCAUAGGCUCAUUGUUAUUGUUUAAGUGAUAUAGUUAUGGAUAGUGAUGCCCUAGCCCUGCAGGUCAACAUUCUAUUUUUCUUAAAUUCACUGAAGGCAUCGGGAGUGUACCAACCGUGGAUAGAAAGGGUAUUCGAAUUCAACACGAAUACCACGUUGGGAACUUUGGAUAUUAACAACCCAAUCGGUAACACUGAAAUACUGGACUACGACAUGUCAAGUAUAGUUCAAGUCACGAAAGAUGUCGACGGUAAUUUUAACGCAUGCAUCUAUAGCCUACCAGUAGAUUACUUCAAUGUGGAUAUGGAAUAUGUAGCGGAUAUCGGAAUCAAUAACGCAAUUCCAAUCUAUGGAAGUGGAGACAUCACCAUGGACAUAAAAAAUAUUGAACUAUCGAUGUGCUGGAUACUAACGAACGACAAAGAUUACAUAAAUGACAUAGAUAUCGAUAUAGUAUUUCGCCAUGGUCCCAUGUCUUUGAGUGGAUUUUUUAACAAUCAUCUGUUGGACCAGCCGAUAUCGAACGUGCUAACUACGGCCUACAGGUUUUUCGCCAUGUGGGCUUCGUACGAACCAACAUGUUCCAAAUGUGUUUUGAAUCCGUUGGUGAAGUUUCUCGCAAAUUACAUAAUAUAUCGCGUGGAAGACGACAAACUGGAAGUUGAUUGUACGUGUGCCAAAGAAAUCUUGGUCGACUUAAAAAAACAUCUACUCGCUACGGAAGAAAUAACCAAAGAUACUAUAUCCAACUACAUAACAACCAUGAUACUAGAAUAUAUUUAGAUUUCUUCUGUUUAAUAUUUAUUUAUUUAUUUAUUUGUAUUCGAAUUGUUAUAAAAUGUUUAAUCAAAUGUGAAGCUUUGAAAUUACUACUUUAUAUCAUUUGGUUCGAUUAUAUAAUUUUUUUUAACAAUAUCAGGGGCAAACAUGUUAAAUCUCAUCAAAAUUAAAUAAAAACUCAUUUCCGGUGAAUGCGCCGGGCUUUCCAAAUACCUGAAUAUAUGUGCGUUCUUAAUAAAUAUAUUAUGUA